GUUAUCCAGAUGAAUAUACAAGAAGAUAUUCGUAAGCAGAUAGUGCAAGAACUGAAAAUAAAUCAAGCAUCACAAUGUCCCCAUGUUGUUGUAUGCUACCACUCUUUCUAUCACAAUGGAGCUAUAUCACUGGUUUUGGAGUAUAUGGACCGUGGAUCUUUAGUUGAUGUAAUCGGGCAACUCAAGACUAUUCUUGAACCAUACCUCGCAGUUGUUUGCAAGCAGGUUUUACAAGGUCUUGUCUACUUGCAUCACGAGAGACAUGUUAUCCACAGAGACAUAAAGCCAUCAAAUUUGCUAGUGAACCACAAAGGAGAGGUAAAAAUUACAGAUUUUGGUGUAAGUGCAAUGCUAGCCAGCUCUAUGGGUCAAAGGGAUACAUUUGUUGGGACCUACAAUUACAUGGCACCUGAAAGAAUAAGUGGAAGUACCUAUGACUACAAGAGUGAUAUCUGGAGCUUGGGCAUGGUCAUCCUUGAAUGUGCAAUAGGACGUUUCCCAUACAUACAGUCAGAGGACCAGCAAGCUAGGCCGAGCUUUUAUGAGCUUUUGGAGGCUAUUGUUAGCAGUCCACCACCUUCUGCUCCAGCAGAUCAAUUUUCCCCAGAAUUCUGUUCAUUUGUUUCUGCUUGCAUUCAAAAGGAUCCCAGGGAUAGAUCUUCAGCUUUGGACCUUUUGAGUCAUCCUUUCAUUAAAAAGUUUGAAGACAAAGACAUUGAUCUCGGGAUACUUGUCGGUAGCCUUGAACCUCCAGUAAAUUUUCCAAGAUAAAUUCUUGUAAUAUAUAUUAGUAGUAGUACUACUAAAUUGUAGACCUGUAAUAUCUAUAAGUUUCUGUAAACAUCACAUGAGCUGAAUGAAUUAUUUAGCAGCACUUUUAUCUAAUAUUAGUUCGAUAUAGC